GGAACAUACCACAACCGAGACCAAGAAAUGGUACCGAUCAAGCAUGUUUAAUGCAUGUGUCAUUGGUAUGGUGGGCUUCAUGGCACCAGGCCUCUGGAAUGCUAUGAAUUCACUAGGAGCUGGUGGCGCACAGAAGCCAUUCUUGGUGAACGCAGCCAAUGCCUUGGUCUUUGGCCUGAUGGGCUUCUUCUGUUUGUUCGGUGGUCCCAUCGCAAACCGCAUUGGUCUCAAAUGGACCCUCGUUCUUGGAGCCGUGGGCUACCCAGUCUACAGUGCUGGACUCUACACCAACAAUCGCUACGGCAACGUUUGGUUUGUUCUAGUCGGUGCAGUUGCAUGCGGUGUUUCCGCUGGUCUUUUCUGGGCUUCAGAAGGAGCCGUUGCUCUGGGCUAUCCGCCGCCAGGCAAGCGUGGCCAAUACAUGAACAUUUGGCUUGUUUUCAGAACAGGAGGACCUAUCUUGGGAGGUGCCAUCCUUCUUGGCCUCAACCACUCUCCCAACCAGAAAGCAAAAGGCAAAGUUGGCUACCAAACCUAUCUUGUCUUUAUCGCUUUGCAAUGUCUCGCUGUACCUGUUGGACUCUUGUUGUCACCACCCGAAAAGGUCCAACGCUCUGAUGGUAGCAAAGUCAAGAUUGUUCAAGAAAAGUCAUUCGCUGCUGAGAUGCGUGCUCUGAUUGCAGCCUCGAAAAGACGCGACAUCCUUCUCUUGCUUCCUGUCUUCUGGGCUGCGUACUUCAACCAGUACUCUGGAAACUUCCAGACCUACUAUUUCGGCCUUCGCGCGAGAUGUCUUAUCGGCUUCCUGACCAAUUUCAGUGGUAUCUUGUCUUCAUUCAUUGUCAGCACCUUGCUUGAUUACAAGCCAUGGCCUGUCAAGAAGAGACUGAACAUAUGCUUCUUCUAUGUCCUCUUCUGGCACCUUUUGGCAUGGUCCUACGGCUGGGCCAUUCAGGAAAAGUACACAAAGCACGAGCCUGUCUGGGACUGGACCGACCCUGGCUUUGUCGAAGGCUUCUUCGUACUGGUGUUUUGGGGCUUUGCACAGCAGUCUCUUCAGAACUUCCUUUACUACUUCUUGUCCACCAAGACUGAUAACAUCUCCGAACUCUCCCGAUUCUCUGGUAUCCUCCGUGGCCAGGAAAGUUUCUCUCAGGCAGUCUCAUUCGGUAUUAACACCAGAGAUUGGAAGGGUGGUAGAGUCCCUCUUGCUGUCAAUACUAUUCUUUUGGGUCUUGCUGUCGUCCCUACGUGGAUCGCUCUGCAAGAACACGUCCCUCUUGAAGGCCCCAAAAAGUAUGAUGAUGCGGCGACUGAGCUCGCCGAGGAGCUUCCUUCUGAGGAGGAUAAGAAGAAGUAUUCAGUCAGACAGACUGCUACAGAAGUAUAAUGCUCACACUGCACAACAUGAAAGGAGGACAACGCACAUUGAUAAAUUUAGUUCGUAAUACAAACACUGAAGUUUAACAAC